AUGCUCAUCUUCAGCUACUCUACCUUUACCGUCCGAAUCAUCGGCAACGCCUCGAAAGUACUAGACUUCAGCCAAAACUUCUACUCCAGCACAGUUGCAACACUCGGUAUUGCCCCCUUCUCCCCCCCCCCCCCCCUCCGGCCAUCCCUCGUCGAGAUACGGUCAAGCUCACGAUUCGCCCUCGGUAUUCUCCGUUGGCCAGAACAUCACGCAGAACCGCUCAUCCAGGAAUACAUAACACUCUUCCAAUUCAACACCAUGGCAGACUCAAGUCAAGCCCACUACGUCGUCUACCGCAUCGAAUGCCAGUUCAACAAGACGAGCCGCCACUCGGCCAUCUACGUCGCCAUGGACUCCCACGGCGCCGGACAGCUCCUCCAUGUCCGCUGCGCCGUCGGCCGACCGGGAAUGCUGUUUGAGAGGCAGUACUUUGUGAGCAAUGGGCCAGAGUCUCUCGCGACCUUUGUCUACAAGAUCCCCGUGGGCAAAGUGAGAGUUGAGGACGUGGACCGCCUGACGGAAGUUUGCUACAGUAUUGCUCCUCCGGCCAUGCAGUAUAUCGGCGAUGUCUGCCAGUGCGGAGCUUGGGUUAAUGAGGCUUGUCUUGAGUUUAGGAUUGCGGGCCUGCUGUUUGGAUAG